UAUCCAGUUCCCUAUCGACGAAUAGUCUCAACCAGCUAGGGAGCUGGCUGGUUUCAUGAGCUAAAAUUAGCUUUUGAGACAGCUUUUUCCCCACAGGUCAUCCAGCUAUUUACUUCUGUGCUAACUGUGCUUAGCUCGAAGAUUGAGAAAUGGUUGUUCUUAAUAACAAUGAAGAACAAGACACAAUCUUGAUAGAACAGCACUGCAAUUCAUUGCCCAGCUCUCCUGCCAAACGUGUCUCUCCAGCCAAAAAGAAGCAGUUCUUUAUAAGCCAGGCCAUACGUAAUUCUGACCUCACGCCCAAAGCCAAGGGCAGAAAAAGUCUGAGAAGACAAGAGAAUACACGCUAUUUGGAUAAUCUUCUGGAGCGGGAUGAGUGCUCCAAAGAUGAGGCUGAGGUGUGCGAGACUGCCUCACCCUCUGUGUUCACUGAAGCUUGCACCAAUGGAAACUAUGUGGAGUAUUGGAGUGACUUCAUGAACCGCUCAGGAGAGGAGCAGGAGAAACUUCUGGCCCUGCUAGAGGAGGAGGCACAAAGGAGAAACUCCAGCAAGGCCACCAAAGACCAAAGAGAGUUGAACCCUGCCUUCAGUGCUCAGGAAUGCUUCCAAAGAAUUGAUCGGAGGUUGCGUGCAACAUUGAAACGCAGACACAUUCCUAUAGGGACACUAGAGCUUUUGGAGACUGACUUGCUGACGUUCUUUGAAGCUCAGCCACACUCAAUCUACAUCACCAAACUUGGCAGCAGUUUUGAGAGAUUGUUGCUUCAUGCUCUCUGCCAGUAUAUGGACCUUGUGUCAGCCAGCUCUGACUGUAAUGGUGCUCGACAGACAAAAGUUGUGAACAAACAGGACGAGUUCCUCCCUCCUUGCCCAUUGCUUUCAGCUUAUUUGGAACAGAUGAGCUAAGAGGACUGCAACCUUCCAGCACUGCCACAUAAACUGGCCAGUAUGAAUUUCACAAGGAAUUUAAAAAUGAACAGGCUUGUAAGCCUGGUGAUUGCUUGUUAGAAAGGCUUAGUUUAAGGGAAUGGGCCACCAUGUUCUUUUAUAGAAUCAUGCACUAGCUACCUAAAUGGUUGGUUGCUGGAAUUCUUAUGUCAGUGUACAUAGUGUUUUUACUAUUUUUUAUGUUUCAGAUUGUCAUUUAUGUUUUUGAUAAAACAUAAUGAACUGCAGUCUACACUCAGAUUACUGCCUUGGCAGAUAUACUGUUUUGUCAUGGAGGGCUUUUAUAGGUGCUAUCAGUGAAUUUGCCUAUUGCCAGUUCUUAUUACUAAAUCAAAUUAUGCAUAAUAAAUGAAUAACAUAAUAAAAUGACAUGACAUUGAUUUGAAGUGUAUGGUACUGCUAAAAGUGAUACUAAGCAUUAUUUGUUAGUUUUUUCCCCUGUUGUUCAGGCCCAAAGUUGAAGCAUGUACAUUUUGCAUUACAGUUUUAAAAUCCUGGAAUAGGUAUGGGCUGAAGUGGGUACAACCCUUUACAUCUAUAUUAUAUGAUUGUUGCAUGAAUAAAACUGUUGAGCUGAUGCAAAGGAGUGUUUGCAAAUAUCAUACUGAUAGCAUCUUUAAGUUCUUCUUUCCAAAUCAGUUACACAACUUUCCCCACCACAAAGUUUACUGUUUUCACAAGACCACAAUAAUGCUCAGUCUAAUCAUGCGGCACAAGAUUAUUUAAUCAUGAAAAGUGUGCUAGUUUAGGGUGUCUGGGGUUCCCAAAGUGGAAGAGAAACAAACCAGAGAUCCUGAUGGUUAAUUAAAACUAGAAGUAAAAAAUAAAUAACAAUACUACAUAUCACAUCAUAAUAUCAGUCUUAGCUGCAGUCCGUUUUAUCCUAUUGCCUCAUACAGCAUCAUAUUGUAGUGUUGGAUACAGGGCAUAUACAUUUUAGCAAAAUUGUUACCAAAUCUUUUGUGAUCUUAUAAUGAUGAUGGUUUUUGUGAUCACAUGAUGCUCAAAUGUGCUCAUUUUCAUACUAAUAAUAGGAGAUGUGAAAGAAGUGUUAUUCUACUUUGAGGUGGCUUGAAAAGUAGGCAUGUCCUACAAGGUUAUACUUAGUUAUGCUAGUCUUCUGGGCAAGGCCUAUAACGUCAGAAGACUUGUAAUCCCCCCCCACCCCCCCGCAAUCUGUCUUGACGCUAAUAUAUAUUUUACCAUCUUGGAUUCACAACUAAGCCUUACAGGUGCAUGCCAAUGUGUCAGUACUUUUUGUAUAAUACAUUUAUAAAUCAAGACUUAUUGUGAUUACAUCUUCAAUAAAUCUUGACAUUUUAUAUUGUCAAGUGUCUGAACACUUGACCAGCCAAUGGUGUUGCAAACCAAAGUGCAAGUUUGUCUGUGUUGGGGCACUCAUUUUCUCAGGCAUCAACCUUUAUGAAUGUGGAUUUCUACAUGCAUUCAGCACAUUUGCAUUCAUGUAAAGCCAAGAGUCAUGCAUUUUGCUGGGCUCUGUGGGCAUAACUUAAUAUUUAGACUGGUGUGCCUGUAGAUGGCUGUUGUAAUAUAUUGGUGAUUCUCUACACGGAUAGCUAGCUUCAUUGUGUUUAGAAUGCUUCAGUAUGUGUUACGUUGUAUGUGCAACAACUGUUUCUGUUCGGUAUCAAGUUUUAAGUUAAAGAAUAUUUUGAAUGAACGUUGUAUAAUAUGGAUGCAAGCCAUGAGUGAGCUAUGUAUGUAGGAUAUGAAUAAAUAGUCAAAUAAGUUGACUUGAA